GCUGGGCAUGUUAGUGAUGUUGGGCUCGGUGGUGGAGGAGCACGCGGAGGAAAGAAACGCUCGCGGGAUGAAGCAUUUCUACAGCGCUGUUAAUGGACUCGGAGCUCUGACCGGAGAACCCAGACUCGACAGCGUACCUACCGAGGAGGCCGGCUUUACGAGACACAAAGCCCCGCCCCUGAACGCUCGUCCGAAGCCGGAACGUAAACUCAGGUCGUACACAGUCUGCGAAGUGUGUAACAUUCAGCUGAACUCGACCGCACAGGCGCAGAUACACUACAACGGCAAGACGCACCAGAGGAGACUGAAACACAUGAAGUGCGCAAGCACAGGUCCGGCGGCUCAGGGCAGCCCUCUGCUGGCUGCGUUACCUGUACAGACUCGCCCACUACAGACACCUCUGGAGCUUAAGAACUUUCUGCCCUUCAGACUCAACGGCUCCAAUCCACUCAGCCUCUUUCCCAACUUCAAUACGAUGGACCCUGUACAGAAGGCGGUGAUUAACCACACCUUCGGGGUUCCUCAGAAGAAGAAGCAGGUGAUCUCGUGCAACAUCUGCCACCUCCGCUUCAACUCCACGAAUCAGGCCGAAGCACAUUAUAAAGGUCAUAAGCACGCACGAAAACUGAAGGCUUUGGAGGCCCAGAAGAACAAGCAGCACAGACGGCAGCUGGACGGCACACACGGCAGCCGAGACAGAGAGAAGGACAGAGACAGAGACAGAGGGAAGACGGUCGCACCUGAUCCUCUCCCAGCUCUCCCAGAUUCCUGCGCAGUGGAAGCAUCCACUCUUCAGUGUGAGUCCGAAUCCGUGGCGAAGCUGAGCGAGGCUCAAGUCAGCUCGGUGGUGCUCACUCCGGUAUCUGAAGUGUCAUGCGCAGACGUGGCCGUCUCCUCUCCUCCCUCACAGCACUCAGACAGCCUGCAGGAUGCCGCUGGUCCCAGCGAGGCGAGUCCCGAGCAGAACAGCCCGGCUAAAGAGGCCCCAAGGGAGAAAGACUCCAGGAGGAGCAAGCAUCACCUGCACUGUCCUGUCUGCAAAGUCACAGUCAACUCUGUCACUCAACUGGAAGCCCACAAUAGCGGCAUCAAGCACAAACUGAUGCUGGAGGGACAGAGCGUGUUGCCACGGCGACGAGGGAAGGCGCUGUCCUCUCGCGCCGCGUGUAAAAGCAAGCGACUGGCCAACAAGGGCAGCUUGGGUGUGAGCAGCAAGAGUUUCCAUUGUGAAGUGUGCGAGAUCCACGUCAACUCGGAGACCCAGCUCAACCAGCACAUGAACAGUCGCAGACAUAAAGACAGAUUGGCCGGAAAGCCUCCCAAACCCAAAUUCAGCCCUCACAGCAAGUCUCAGCCGGCCUCAGCGGUGUCUAGUGUCAGGUGGAAUGGCUAUGCAGGAGGAGCCAUGUCAGCCAUGAAGAAAGUCUUUAACCAGUACAGUCUCACCUCUCUCUCCUCACAGACCAAACUGGCUCUCCAGAAGCAGCUGACUAAAAAUUUGGCCACCGGUUUCCUGUCUGCUCCUAUAACCCCGCCCACGCUUUGCACAGUGGCGACCAAUCCGCUGGCUCUCCGACACCCCGCCGGUGCCGCCUUCAUUCCUGCUCCGAUCUUAGGCCCCACCCUCUUUCGGCCUGCGCCGGGACCACUGCGGGCCACACACACACCUAUCCUAUUCUCACCUUAUUAAAGUAUGCAUAAACACACACAUAUACACAAACACACGAACAUACGGUACAGGUAUGAUUUCGGGGGGAGCAGUUGAAUUUCACACACUGAUACACACACACACACACACACACACACACACUGCACUCUCCUCUAGGAC